GCGGGAGUCGCCGCGCCGCGACCCGGACGCUUCGCCAAACCCUCCUCCGCCAUCUUCCCCGCCGCCACCGCUUCACCCGGCGCCGGGUAAACAGCGAGAUGAGAAAAAAACGGCUCUGAGCAAGGUGGUUAUUCGACGGCUUCCUCCUUGUCUAACUAAGGAGCAACUGGAGGAACAGCUACAUCCUCUACCUGCCCAUGAUUAUUUUGAGUUUUGCACUGCUGAUCCCAGGUUUGGAGUAUCCUGCAGUGGUUGAAUUUGCUCCAUUCCAGAAGAUUUCAAAAAAGAAGCUGAAGAAGAAAGAUGCCAAGGCUGGGAGCAUUGAAGACGAUCCAGAAUAUAGGAAAUUUUUAGAGAGCUAUUGUGCUGAUGAAGAGAAAAUCUGUGCCAAUCCUGAGAUUCUUUUGGGAGAGAUUGAGGCCAAAACAAGGGAACUCAUUGCUAGAAGAACAACACCCCUUUUGGAAUAUAUUAAAAAUAGAAAAUUAGAAAAGCAGAGGAUACGAGAAGAGAAAAGAGAAGAAAGAAGGCGGAGAGAAUUGGAGAAGAAACGUCUGCGGGAAGAAGAGAAAAGAAAGCGCAGAGAAGAGGAAAGACGUAAAAGAAAAGAAGUGGAGAAGCAGAAGAAAAUUUCUGAAAAAGAAAUAAGGAUCAAGCUUCUCAAGAAGCCUGAAAAAGGAGAUGAACUGGCCAGUGAAAAGCACAAAGAAAAAGGUGAAGAAGCUGACAUUGAGGAAAACAAAUGGGAUAAAUCACCUGGAUCUGGGAGUAUAAAAUCCAAAUCUUUGGAGGGUUCACUAAAAGAACUUAAGGAAAAGUCACAAAAUGAUAGUGACAAAGAGCAAAGAGAUUUGGAGAGAAGAUUUCGAGAAAAAGAACCUGAAAGACAAAGGUAUCGAUUGGAUGAUGGCAGAAAGCAUAGAGCUCACUAUGAGUUUGACAAGUUUGUGAGAAGGAAUGAAGAAGAGCUGAAAUGGGGGAAAGGAUACAACCCAGACAGAGGAAAGAAAGGGAACUACAACUACAGCUUCACUGUGGAGGCAGUAGACAAACUGGGUAAAGAGGACAAGUGUGAUGACAUGGCAUCCAAAAAGGAGCGCAUAAGAAAUAAGGAUCGCCCAGCCAUGCAGUUAUACCAGCCAGGAGCUCGCAUUCGAACACAUAUGGGAUCUACAAGUAAAACCUAUGACUGCAGUGGGAAAUCCUUUGAAGAUGUCCUUGAUAAAAAGUACGAGGCAGAUAAUUCAGCUGGCGGUGGUUCUGAGAAGAGCGAAGAAGCAGAAUAAAACAAACGGGAGGAAAGACUUGUGAAAAGGGAUGAACUUAAGAUUCAGUGUCAUCACAAAAAAAUUCCACAGGGCUGUUUCAGAAUUCCACAGGCGAUUGCACCAACAAAAUUAUAAUAGCUCUGCCUCUUACUUUCUGUAAAAUAAAGGGAAGAGUGACUGGAGAUGUAUAAAGUAUCUUACAGCAAAGGAGUAUUGUUGCUUUUUUACAAAAAGCAGUGCAAACACCAUUUGCCUCAUUUAAAAGCAGUUCAAUAUUUUAUUAGAUUUACCUUGAAAUAGAAAAAGUAAUAGUUUUAAAGGAGUAUUUAUAUAAGACUUUUCAGAAGCUAUUUCACCUUUUCAAGUCUAAAGAAACAAAAUAUAAAUUUGCAUCAGCUUGAAAUCUGAGGCACUUUAAAUGUAUUUGGUGCAUGACGUGAGGGUCACAGGACCCCUUCCUGCAAAUGGCAGCGGCAGAGGCUGCUGCAGGGAGUUGCUGUUGGACUCGGUGGGACCAGCCCUGGGAGGAAGCUCUGGAGCCAGCAGUGUUUGCAGGAUGAGGCCCACAGUUUGCACAGUUGUGAGAAAUGUCCGUUGGUAUCCGUACCUCAUUGUGUUUACGUUGUUUUUCAAUUAACUAUAGCGUCAGAUAAGUGUUGGUAAAGCUACAAGUAUGUUGUUAGAGAGUUUUGCAUUUUCUGAGCCACUUUUGCCUUUUAUGUUUUAAUAGAUUCUUGUGCUUAAAACAGAAGAAAGCUAACGCAAACCUCAGCACUUAUACAGUAUAUCUGGUUUUAAUAAAUUAGCUGUUUUUUAUGUUUUUUGACACUGACUUUUAAAAAAAAGUGGUUGUACAGUGAUGACUUUUUAAUAUGCUAAUGUUUCAUAUAAGUUCCAGUUGCAGGAUUUGGAAAAUGUAUGAUAUGCGAAUGCUCUGCAGUUCUAUUUGUUAAAAAAAUAAACACACAUGAAUGUCAACUGCAAACUACCAUUUUGUAAGAUCUAGGCCAAAUUCUGCCCUCUGAUGCAGGCACAUCGGUAUAUAUAUGUGUGUGUAUAUAUAUAUCUUCCAUUGGUUUCAACGGUAGCCGCAUGUUUACAGAAGGGCAGAAUAUGUUCAUUUAUCUUUCAUGGCUGAAAAUUUCUUAGUUGUCUGAAACUGAGACCUGCUUUGUCGUUGAAGUUAAAUUUUAAGAUAUUAAUUUAUUUUUACAUCCUCUUUGAACAUUUUAUUAUUAAGCAUAACAUCUAAUUGUUCUAGAUUGAAAAAUUAUUUAUUGUAUUUUCCCAGAUAUUAUGCAUUAAAUAGAAUAAAAGCAAAAAGAUUUUGACUAUGA